AUGGCUCGCUACCUCACACCUGCCAAGAUCGGCCUGCUCGUACUCAUAGAGCUUUACACCGAGGAAGCCAUCCCGCACGAUGCCAUCCUGCCAGUCCUCUCAUUCAUCACAUCGAACUUGGUCGAUCGCGACACGCACAACCGCUCGUGCAAUACUGAUGACAAGUCAGCAUGGGCCAACGCAGAGCGAACGAUCAGUCUCGUGGUGUCCAUCAAAGACUUUGAGAAGCUUCUGGGCAGCUACCCGUUCUUGAUGGGGUUCCCAGGGAGGCGGCUGUGGGAUCAGUUCUUGGGGAAAAUGUGGGAUCUAAACUCCCUCAAUGCGAUGCACGCGUUUCUCGCCAACCUUCCAAGGCUACUGGCGAAAACUGCAAAGGAGCUCAAACACGAAGCAGGAGGAGGAACCCCAGAACCCGAAGUGGGCAUCAAGAUUUCGCGAAACUCACUCUUUGGCCUGUUCAUCCGCCGUGUAGGGUCCGAGCUUGGGCGGCUACAGUGGCACGACACAACUGAGUUGUGGAAGAGCUUCGUGCAGUACAGACAGCCUACAGCUCACUACCUACGCCGGAAGCUCCCGGGAUUCGAAAGACUGAGCUUCGACGAAGUGCUCUCCACAGCGGAGGGGCAAGAAUGGGAUGCUGAGUCUGUGUCCAGGUUGACAUUCAUAGCCUAUGAUGGCAUACUGGCUGGAGAGCACGCAAGUGCCCUGCCAGUCAGUACAAGCGACGUCGAGGCUCUGCUGGAGUUCCAGAUUGAGCAAAUGCAAAAGUACGGUGCCAGAGUUGCACCGGAUUUGAGACAGCAGCUGGACAUACUGCUGCGCGAAUCGGUUUCAAUACCCAGUCUAGCACACUACUUGAACUUCCUCAAUGCAUGGCAAGCAGGCGACUACGCAACUGCUUUCGAUCUGCUUCAUCGAUAUUUCGACUAUGCUAUGCACUCUGAGCAUCAGAGCUCGUACCAAUACGGAUUGAUGAACCACGCAGUCCUCCAGGCGGACUUUGGCUGCUACAAAGAGGCAUACGAGGCGAUGCUCGAGACUGUCACUACCGCCAGAGAAAACAAGGACAUGCGGUGUCUCAACUUUGCGUUGAAUUGGCUUUUUCAAUUCGAACAAUCCAGACCAUAUCUCGUGAGCCAGUUGAGAUCCCGUGACGACGACUCAAACGGCGUUCUGGGCACGAGCAGGAAGAUCCUCGCCUAUCUUCGUGUCAACGCAAAGGACGCGAAGAUGUGGCCCCUCUACUGCACAGUGUGGCUAAGCGAAGCGAAGCUUUGUUUGCUCAACGGCGAGAGUACAGCCACUGCUGUGGAGAACAUGGUACGAAGCUCACACCUGGCCCUGAAAUACAACGUGAAAGGAGUGAUGGGGACGCAGGCCUUGUUUUGGUCUGCGUACUGGGACAGGACUGGCCUUGCAUAUCUGGCUGGCUUGGUCAGCGAGGUCUUCUUGCAAUGCCACAUGGGUAAUGCGGCCUUUGACGACGAGCUGAAUCACACCUGGGUGCUCGCAUCAGGCCUCGUGCGCAAAGGUCGAUAUGACGAGGGCCUUCAAGCACUGGAGAGUCUCGACGAGAACUCGUUGAGAUCGCUCAAGACCAGCCAGCUAUGGUACAAGUACCGGGGUAUCCUCAAGCUUCAACGCGAUCUGCGCCACAACAACCUUCGUGGAGCUGAGCAGCUGUUGUAUCAACUGCUACAGUCCAGAACGGACGACAUGAGUCUGGAGAUGGCGUGCCUCAUUGACUCGCUUCACAUUGAAUACCUCACCCAGCGGGGGGACAUACAAGGUGCCUUCACCAAGACCAAUGCGGCUCUGGCAAAAUUCCGGGAGGAGAAUAGAGAUCUUGCGCUCCGGGUCGACAUGUUGCUGCGCAAGGUGAAGCUGCUGAGUCUAGCUGGACGCCCACAACGAGGAUUCUCCGUUGCGAUCAACGCUGUCAACAUUGCGUGGCGCGCACGGCUGGUCCUCCAGUUGUGGGACGCGUUGGGCGUGUUGUCCAGCAUCCUCGUUUCGUUUGGCGAGUUUGACGCGGCGAGUCAGAUCCUCAUCGCCGUCAUCCCCCGCGCCAUAGAAACGGACUCCUUGCUCCUGGUAGCCCAACUAUACGCAUAUCUGGCGGAUGCGUGGAUGGGCCUCGCAGGACAAGAGCCGCCCAAGUCCACAAAGCGAACGGAGCAUAUGACCGCCGCAUUGGCGGCCGUCAACAAGGCAUUCGACUAUUACUCGAGCAUCGAGGACAUUGGUAAACAAUGCGAGAUGAUGGCCAAGAAGGCCAUGAUUAUGAAGCUGUCGGGGGACAUGGAGCUGGCGGCCGAUUAUGCCGCAGCGUACGUGUCGCUGAAGAAGACUGCUGAAGUGUUAAGCUCGGGUGGUUCGUAA